AUGCGUCUGGUCUGGCUUAACGGCAAUGAGUCCUAUCGGUCCACCGGACGGCGAUACAUGCACUGCGAGCGCACCUGGGCGAACUAUGCUGCUCUCGACUCUCAUGUAGUUGAUUUCCUGAUCGCGCAAUUGGACGAUGACGAGACAAACGAAGCCUCAGAGCCUCUGAAGAUAGAUCAUAAUCCCUUCUCUGUCUUCCCUGCUGUAACCCCAAUGUCGUUAGUGUCCAAUAUGAACCAGGGCCUCGUUUGCAACAGCACGAAGAUGUCAAGUAGUGGAGAGAAGAUGCUUUUUCAUCACUACGUCAACUACGUCGCAUCUAUCAUGAUGCCGUUUGAGCAUCCCUGGAAUCCCUGGAAACGGCACUACCCCGUCGUCUCGCUGCAGUACUCUGAAUCCGGGGAGAAAGCACUGUACCACGCCAUUUUGGCCCAUGCAGCAUUUAAUUUUGCCAAUUUAGGGCAUGACAGACAGAAGAUGAUGCGGCUGGCCGCAUCAAACUAUAACGCCUCGAUUCAAUACGUGAAUGACUCUAUCCAAGCAUCUGGCAGAGACUUUGAUAGCACUCUGGCAGCGAUUAUGACUCUGAUGAUGGCAGAGGUCUACAGCGGCAAUUCCAGCAAAUGGAAGCAUCACCUCCAGGGCGCAUGGGCAUUCCUUCUCGGAUCCAAUCGCAAAGAGCCAUGGAAGGAAUCCGAAUUCGUCUGCUUUUCAACCCAAAGCUUACUGAUCGUCAAGAUCAUCGGAGCCACCUGCAUGACAGAUAGCCAAACCCCAACAUUGAUGCUACCCCCAAGCAAUGAAUUCAGAUCGAUCACAGCAGCCAGACCUAUUGAAGCAGAUCCGGUAGUUUCUUCCUCCCUACAUUCAGACCUAGCAUUCGCCUCCUUGAUCUCCUCGACUGCUCAGUUUGGAUUCACCAUCGGCGCGCAGCGACUUAUCCUGGAGUGUAUUUCCACCAUCACGACGGUCAGCCAACAGAUGCGAUCAGACGCCUCCCCCAGAGCACACAUUACGGCCGACCGGACUGUCUCCCAGGUGCUAACCUGUUUGAAUCUCCUCCAGACAGAAGUACUCGAUAGCUCUGGUGGAAACAUCGAGCUGGAACCGAAUUCCGAAGUCAAUGCACUGGUUCCUAAAUUGAAAUCCGAGGAGUUAGCACGAUACCAGCUCAACGCGUUCAUCUACGCAACUUACAUCUAUCUCUACCGAGCGCUAUUGGAUGUGCCGCCUAAGCGCGUCGCAGCGUACGUGUCCCUGAUAUUCGAUAACAUUACCGCCUUUUCCGCGCAGAGCAGUGGGAACUUCUCCCUGUGGCCGGCGUUUAUCGCGGCGGUCGAGGCCUAUACGGUGCGGGACCUGGAGUCAUCGUGCCGGUGGCUGGAGCAAUCGACACAUUUUGGACUCGGCAACCGACUUGCAGUCAGGUCGAUCGUCGAGGAGGUGUGGCAGAGACGCGAUGCCUUGUGUGUAGAAAGCGGGAUAGACCCAGGGCUGGCGGCGGUGGAUUGGAGAGAUGUGGCUAGAGACCUCGGGGUAGAUGUUCUGUUGGUUUGA